AUGGCUGAGUUGACUUUGGAUGGCCUUAAAGAUCACAGUAUUUAUCACUGUUUAUCUUUCCAGAGUUGCCCCAGUCUUAAUAAUGGUGGGUUCUGCUGCAAUGGUGGAAUCAUUGGGAUAACUCAACCUAGACGUGUUGCUGCUGUAACUGUUGCAAAACGGGAAGCAUUACUGGAUCCUUACCUCUCCAAGUAUUCUGUUAUUAACGUUGAUGAGGCUCUUGAGAGAACCGUCCACACAGAUGCAUUGCUCAACAAAAGACGAGUUGCCAGUGUUGGGGAGCAGUGGCGAGGCGAGAAAUCGUCUCCACUGAAGAUUAUUAUUAUGUCUGCCAGUCUGGACGCACGGGUUUUUUCUGAGUAUUUUGGUGGUGCAGGAGCUGUGCAUGGUCAACAGUAUCCUGUUGAUAUACUCUAUACUAGUCAACCUGAGACUGAUUAUGUAGAUGCAACUUUGAUCACCAUAUUUCAGGUAAUAUUAGUCACCAAUAUUGCUGAGACAUCCGUGACAAUACCAGGAAUCAAGUAUAUCAUUGAACCUGGAAUGGUGAAAGUACGCACAUAUGAGGCAUCAACAGGGAUUGAACCAUUAAUCAUUUUCAAAACUUCAAAAGCACAAGCACUUCAGGGGAGGUAG